AUGAUCAUCUAUUUUGUCUGCUCACUCAUCCUCAUUUAUGGUGCAGAAAAAAAUCAGAGAAAUCUCCACUUGCCGUGGCUGAUUGUACACCCACUGGUAACGGUGGCACUGGUGGCCGUCAUGGUAAUCGCAAACAUCGGACCUAUAUCCCGCGAAUUCAACAUCUACUCCUAUCUGCUAGUGACCCAUUCCUCCUACAAUGUAGGGGUCGUACAGACGUUCAUCAUAUUAUGGUUCCUGAUCUACUUGUGGGUGGUGGUGGUCGCAAAUUGGCAGAAGCUCGGAACGCAGGGCACAACGCAACCACUCAACGAUCGUGGCGGCAAGGGCCCCCCUCAAGGGAAUUUCCAGGAAACGGAGAUUCCCAGAACCGACUCCGCCUGGGCCGCGCCGCCUCCAGCUCCGAUUGUCAUUUCUGAUUCGUUUCCUGAUUAG